AACUUCUCGUUAAUCCUUGGCCGGAAUGGACGACGCGGGAGAACGCGCGGAAGCGCCACCGGAGUUGCCGGAAGUUGAAGUUGCGCCCGCCGACAGCACCGGCGUCAAUCUGCGACGAGGCGCCAGUCUCAGGAUACCGUCGACCGCGACAGAGAGCGAGUUGGGCCCGCAGCUACGUCGCGGCGGCUCCCUCAGGAUCCCACGGACGAGCGAGGCCCGCGUCGCCGCGCGGCAGCGGGCGCGCGCCUCGAGGUCGUCGCCGUCGUCGACCUCGACCUCGUCGUCAUCAUCGGCGGUGUCGGACAGAUGCGCAAGCUGCGACACACCGUUCCGGUCCGCCUGGCGCUACGCACCUGCCGGGAGUGACGCACCUGCGCCGGAGUAUCUCGCCAGGAGCCUCCUGCAACUCGGAUGUCCUGCCGUGUCGAUGCCUACACCUCGUGGCGGUGUCGGAUCGGAGCAACCGCCGAGCAGCGACAGCGAUGACUACCCCACCGCCAAUUAUCAGCAGCAACAACAACAGGGCCACGGACAGCUGGACAGUUAUGCCGUGCCCAAGGUCCAGGUGUCGGGCCCAUCUAACGCCGAUGAAUCCGCUUCCAUCGUCAAUGGGUCUGCGGGGUCCAUAGGCGCGCGAUCGGCACCCAGCACGCCCCUGCAAGCUGCUCCUGAUGGGCCGCAGGCCGCGGGCCAACAAUCGAUCAGCGGGUCUCAGCUCACCGUGGCCGGCGCCGGCUAUCCUCAACCUCCGAGGAGUCCCAGUCACGCGGCCUUGAGAUGUAACGACAGUCACCUUUCGAAGCCGCUGAGUAGGAGCACACCAUCGAUGGCAGCUGGCGGUGGCGCGCAGACUCCAGCAAAGGUUAGCAGAUCCUCCUCGAGGUCGUCGCCGACGUCCACCAGCAGCGCGAGACAGAAAAAAUUCCAUAGGCACUUCAGUCAGUCUUCGAAAUUUCGCGACCAGGUGGCGGAGGACGAGCGCGUGCUGAACUAUUACAGCUGCGCGCUGGUCGGCGACAUCCUGCUGCAGGGUCACCUGUAUAUCACGCCCAACUACUUCGCGUUCUACAGCAACGUGUUCGGCUACGUGACCAAGCUGCUGAUACCGACGGUGUCGGUGCUGAAGAUCAGCAAGGAAAAGACCGCCCGCAUCAUACCGAAUGCGGUGGCGGUGGCGACCGAGGAGGAGCGCCACGUUUUCUGCUCGCUGCUCUCGAGGGACUCGACCUUCAAGCUGAUGAAGCAGGUCUGGGACGCGGCGAUGGAGCCCCGGACACCGGACGUCCUGCCGUCGCUCGCCAGCGACAGCAAGCUCCUUACGCCCGACACGUUGCUGGUGGACGAUUCCGAGGAGGUGAACGCCGAGGAGGACGAGUCGAGCAUGUCCGAGAGCGGCACCGAUCUCACCUCGAGGCCGCCGACCGUCUGCACCGACACCGACGGGGCGCCGGUCGCCUUGAACAGGCCGAGUUUGCCGGUCGCCAGGUUGGAGAGCUCGGUAGUAACGAGGCCGCUGACACCGGGCCGAUUCGGCGUAUUGAGAUCCUUGUUCGCUGGAUUGAGGCCUGGCACGUUGAUUACGAUACUGGUGUUCUUGGCGGCUCUCCUGAUGGCUCUCUACGUGUCGGCCGCUGUAAUGUUGAUGCGUAUUGAGAAUCUGCACACCGUGUACGUGAACCACCCGCUGGUCUCGCCGGAGCGUUUUACACACGACCGACUGCUGCAUUAUCUCAACACGAACCUGGAUCAAAUAAUCAAGGUACGUCAGAGCCUGCAGACGCUGUCGCAGCAAUUCGUGACGAUGAGUCAGGGCAGCGAGACGAGCCCGGCCAUGUCUGGCGGCGUGGUGGAGCCGGAGGACGCGCCGAGUUAGCCCACGAUCGGGCUGAGCGAUCCAAUUCAACCGAACAGCACGAGGCCCGGUCGCCUCGCUGUGGCGCGAGGCGUCGCCUCGUGAGGGACGUCAAUGUCGUCGCCGCUGUCACUUCGUCGUCGCCGCACUUUUACCGCCGCGGAAACGAGACUCCUCGCCGAGAGAGAUUCGUCGCGGCGUGGUGGUCGUCGUCACCAUGUCUUAUUAUCAUCCAGAGGUUCACGGGAGAGAGAGAGAGAGAGAGAGAGAGAGAGAGAGAGAGAGAGAGAGAGAGAGANAGAGAGAGAAAGAGAUCGCAGCUCAUGAAAGACGAAAUUCCCGUGCGAACCUCGAGCGAAUUCGCGCGAUAUUUAGGCCGCUUCACAUACACAGCACAUGCGUUUUAUGUAUUAACGCGUAUGUACGAUGACACACACUCCCACAUGUAAUACUUACGCACACACAUAUACACACACACAUAUAUAUAUAUGUACAAUGACACAAAAACAGACAGUACAUGUAUGUAAAAGUACCUCAAACGAGCGAAGGCGACGAGGGUGAGAAGCGCGCGGCGAGCGAGCGAAGAGGUUCUCUCGCUUUUUUGUUUCCUUUUCAUUUCUUUAUGAACUAGUCACGUGUGUACCUAAGCCCCGGGGUAUACGGCAAAAAGAAGCAAAAUGAACAAAAUGAUAUAUGUAUAUAUACAUAGUAUAUAUAUAUGUAUACAUAGUUAUAUAUAUAUAUAUAAAAGUAUCUAUAAAACAUACAGAUAUAGAGUAAUAAUGCAUAUUUCGCGAUUAUACCUGUUCGUUAAUUAUGUAUUUCGAGCUAGUCGGGCACUACCCUAUUUCACCUGCUGCUGUACUAAAAAAAAAGUCGACACUUAUUACAUAGCGCGUCACAAUUAUGCGUGAUUAAUAUCGUAUCUCGCGACAUCAAGCGGGCGCGCGUCGCGCGCCGAGCGACGAUACUUCGCCCGCGAUAAGUAUUGACCGAGAUACAAAGGAAAUUCGCUUACUUUCUCCGCUCCACAUAUUAGCUCUUUCAGUACCUUCCUUGAGCUCGAGUAGAUUUGGUGAAUGGUGAAACUUCGAUCGGACCACCGCACCUUCUCCCGUUCAUUUCCGAACUCGGGCGAAACGUUCGCCGCGGCUUUGAUUUUUUUCCUCACUAUCUUUGGACUAUCUAUAUUUCGAAAGUACGCUGUUACAGCGGAGACAGAAAAGAUUUGUGACGUCGAACGACGAUGUAUGAAUAACGAUAAAACUACAAAUGUAAAUAGAGAGAGAGAGAGAAAGAGGAUAUGUGUCGCGAUUCUUUUCAUAUUUUAAUUUCAAAAUCGAGAUCCGUGUUAUUUUAACAACUCAAGUUCCAUCUUUCCGAAUUAUUUCACUUUUUACUCACUGAUAACACAAAAUUGACUUAUCAACGUUGAUUUAUUAACGUUUACGUAGCGUCGUGUAGCCGAUUUUCUGUCUGUAUAUUCUCUCACAUACGCGUAACGUGACCCGAAGCGCAACACACAAAUCGGGGAAGGUCUAAACGAGGCGGAAUAAAAGGACAACUCUCGUCCAAAUAUUAAUAACGUUUGCAUAUUUGUAUCUCACGUCGCGCGGGCUUUGAGAGAACAUUUACUUAGCGCGAAGUAGACGGAGAGCCUGUUGCAAGGAAACUGAAUAUGAAUCUGGGGAGGCCGCUGAACGUCCUUCUAUGUCUAACUAGGUACUGAAAGGGUUAAGAACUGCGUACCCCUCGGACGGACCCGGAGACGCCCGUGAGAAUUCAUGGUUCUCCUGUGCGCGACUGUUCCUAUUGCGUUCUCGAUUGUUUCUGGAAGUAACGACUGCGUAUAUAUUUCUUCUGGAUUCGAGGCGGUCACGCGAGUCUUCUAUGUCGAAAGUGGCUCUGGCCUCGAGCUCUCGGUGAACACACGCCAGGGCUUGAGAGAAUCCGAUCGGUUAGUGUGCGACGUCGUGAGUGAGAAAAUUUGCGCUGUUCAGUUCAUUCCACUUGCGUCCAAUUUGCCGCUGAUAACACAUUGUAUGAAAUCUCGAAUUCUUUUCCUUUUUUUCAUAUAUAUAUAUAUAUAUCAUAUAUAUCAUAUACAUAUAUAUCAUAUAUACAUAGAUAUAUGAUAUAUGAUAUAUAUACAUAUAUAUGGUACCCAAAGAGUCGGGAAAGCAUUGUAAGAAUACGAAAAUGGCUGUGAUUAGGAUUUUUGUUGCGUAGCUUUCGCCGUUUUUAUUUGGGACUUUGGGCCGACACGUGGAAAGUAGUCGGAGGAUACGUAGAUAAAAUAUUUUUCUACUAAUUUUUAAGUUGGGACAUUUGAUUAUAAAUUAUUAUAAUACCGAGGGCAGCGUUACGCAUAUUACACAUACUUUCGGACGUGAGUUUACAUCGAUACUUCGGCUUGAGUUUGCUGUAUCGAGAGAUGGUAUUUUUUUUCGGACUAAAAUAUAGAUUGUUCGUUGUUUUUUCUUGAAAUUUCAUCCCUUGGCGCACACUUUCGAGAUAAACGGCUCGCGCGCGCGCGCGCGAGUGUGCUUGUGAAAUGUUUCGUUCGCUCGUGAGUGAACUUGAAAAUCAUCGCACUACGUGUGCUUUCCUACGGGAUGACGGAGGAAUGUUCGAGGAGGAGAAAAAAAGAAAAAAAAAAAGAACAGAAAAUCAGAAGUGUUAUUAUAUUCGUGGUUAUAAAAAACCUGGGAAAGAAGGUGGUUGACUGUGAUAAUAGGAUCGUGGAUGCGUCUCGCGCGGAGACAGAACGAUCGCGCUUGACCGAGUGCGAAUUUUCGUUCCGUUCGUGAGAGAGAGACAGAGAGCGAAACCGUGAACUUCUCUCCUCUCCCUCUCUCUCGAGGAAAAAAAACGUUAAAAACCCGAUUUAUCUGCAAAGCAUGACUGUUGUGAUGCGACAAGAUGACGAUGAUGAUCGUUCUAAGAGUUCUCAGGAAGAAGGAACGAAAGAAAAGGGGACGGAAUCGGUGUUAAGCGCGAUCGUUCUCUCCCCCGAGUUCAAUAUGGGAUCUAAGAGAAGUGCUGUUACAUUAAUUAGCUAUAUAUAUUUAGGAAAGUGUAAAGAGAAGAAACUCCCUUAAGCGUUGUUUUCUACGUUGGUACAUACACAUGUUGUAUAUCGUUUAAUUAAUUAGUAUUCAUUAUACAUACACACACACAUACACACACACAUAUAUAUAUAUAUAUACAUAUAUAUAUAUAUAUAUAUAUAUGGUGGGAUAUAUUCGAUACACACGCACGGUAUAUACUACGCGGUUACCUUAAGUUUCGACUCUAUCGGGCUAUUGUUGUGUCGUCGCUUCUGUUCUGUCACCGAGCAGCAGACGUUGCAUUCGUUUGUCACUCGCGCGAAAAGGCGGCGCGAAACAAAGGUCGGCAAGCAGCCGUCGAGAAAUUCCAGCGAAAAUUCGCUCUCUCCGUUCACAACUUUUUCCGCCUUCGAGACGGGAUAAUCAUGUGAGGCGCGGGGCGAAAGAGGUUAAAUUCCUUUAAUUGCGCGUCCCAGCACGAGAAACGCGCGCUCGACUUCGACUCGCGUCGAUUCCGUCGACGCGAAAAAAAGAAACGUUUCGCAGCAACGGCGGCAGUUACCCGCCGAACGAAGUGAGAGAGAAAGAGACAGAGAAAGACAUACACACAUGCAUAUAUACAUAUACAUGCCUGACGCGUAUCUCAUUGUUAAUGACUCAUUAAAGGCGGAAACCGGUGCGACGAGGAGCGGGCCCGAAUCGCUUCUCGCCGGACGUUCCGAUAAGCUUCCCAAGUAGAAAUUAAACUAGUUCCUAGCCAGCAACCGGCCAGUAAUUCUCUAACCAGCUAGUCUCUGAUCGGUCUUACUGGCCGAAAACUUACAAGUUUGUGGGAGACUUGCUUUGACAGUAACUGGAUGGUAAAACCAGCCAGUUUCUGUCCAGCUCCCAAUCAAAUUUUGAGCAUUUCAUUCGUGUACUGUUUCACUUAUUUAUUAUUUUGCCCAGUUGCCUGCCAGGAAAUGGCGAAGAAACACGGGCAAGAGUUUUAAGAGUUUUUGCUGGAUAAAAAGUGUCCAGUGUUAACUUACAAUUUUUUUUUUUUAACAUUUAGUUUAUGGCAAAUAACUGACCGAGAAGUAAUAGUUAAUAUUUUUUCGGAAAGUUUCUGAACAGUUACUGUCAUUAAUUAAUUCAAGCCGGUAAAAACUGCCUGGUUUCUGUCUAGCGAUUAGUUUUCCCCCAACAUUUUUCUGCUCGGGAAUUCAAGCUCGGAAAUACGCAAAAGCCUGAUCUGUCGCCUGACCAUCGCGUCGUUGCGCGAUGAAUCCUCAGAAUUUCUGACAUUCAUCACCUUUCGAAUCCACGCGAACCGACGGACAAAAAGAUUCGCGAUAGAUAUCAAUUUUUCGAAACUCGUCUCACCUGUCUUGUCUGUCCCGAUAAACCCGACAGCCCGUUUCCGGCUUGUCUCUCUUUCUCGAGAGAAAGGCUAUCAACGAGAGAGACUUGUCGAGUUUUCUGUUUACAAACAAGAAAUAGGGGGAUUAUUGGGAGAAUCUAAGUGAAUCCGAUCGGCGGGAAUGACGUGAGGAGAUCGCAAAGAUCUUCUCUAAUUGUGAUUGUUAUCAUUCGAUUUCUCUAGUUUCUCAAUAUGUGACAAAGAGGGGGUUGAAAUUACCAGGAACGAUCCCGUGCCGGGGAACUAAGAGCGAUUUGGGAUAAAAAUGUGCAAGGGACAAGAUUCGAGCUGAUGAUCACGAGGGAUCGUAGCCAAUAAACGCGACAGCCAAGUCCAGUGCCAAAUUUGGUAGAAAUCGGGGUGAAAAGAAAAAGAAGAGAGAAACCACGAAAAACGAAGACACGCUUGCUCCUGUGAUUGUCGUGCGCUCGUACAGCUUUUCCGCCGCAUUAGGGAGUCGAUGUUAAAAUCCCGCUACCUAGAACAAAGUUACGUCGAAGAAGUACGUUCGAGAAAAGGUUUUCACAAGACAGAACAGCGUUAUCUACCGUGGUGUCGGUCGUCGACUCGCGAUCGUGGUGAAAAAGAAACGACGGAAUUUCUCACCGGCGAGAGAGACAUGCAGGAUCGAAAAUAAUUAGCGAAUAAUCUCUCGCUACUACCGAGAAAUCUCACUGAGCGAAAUUUUAUGGAAGUGAAAUGUGGAAAGAAAAUUAAUUCUUCUUUUGAAUGCGCGACAAUGAGCCUUUCCAAAAUUUGUGACGAGCAUAGUUUGAAACUACCGUCAAGAAAAUAUUCUUUGUUGAAUGUGACCAUUUUUUAAAAGAAGGAUGAUAAAUUGAGCGAUCGAGUAAUUCUUUCUAACCAAUGGAAUGAUGUGUUUCUGUAUGUAAAAUUGACUUGUUAUUCAAUUCAACGUUACGUCUAGAUAAAAUAGAAAGUGACGAUGACGUCGGAAUGAAAUUCAUAGAAAAAUGCUUCGAAGUUGACGAAUUUCUCCAAGUCAGAUUUCAACGUCGACGUUGACAAACACGAAUUUUUCCAAAUUAGACUUCUUCGACGAUGAUCCAUGUUUCGUCAUAUAAAAAGAAAAGAAAGAGAGAAGAAUCAUUUCGAUUCACUUAUCCGUUUAUCUUCGAAGGUUCGCCGACUUCGUCGGACUUUUGCGAAUGAUUGCGAACUCACGACCGACACCGUGAACGAAAUCGGUGACGAAGGACAUUCUUUCCACGUAAACGACGCGAGACGCGUGGUGGGGAGGGAGGGCCGCGGAAGCGCGAGGGAUGACACGAAGUAAGACGCGAAACAUAUAUAUAUAUAUAUAUAUAUAUAUAUAUAUAUAACAGACAGUGAAUCCCCCGAAAUCUGGAAAUUACCGACGUUGCGUUAGUUGAUUGUAUUGCGUAGAGUGCGGUAGAACCUAUUCCUCGUUCUUGUUUACGUACGACUGCUACUUGCCUUACCGUAACAAUGUUUUUAGACAUUUUAGAUGGGUGCUCAACACACGGUCCAUUUAUCUAAGGAUACGCGAGUGUGUGUAUGCGGCGAGAUUAAGGGCGGUCGCGCCUCGUAUAUCGCGUCGCGAAUUUCAGCGUGUUGCCGUGAUUCGAAAAAUUCAAACGAGCGUUCACUACAAUUCUCAUAUUCGUUACUCAUUUUCUCACAUUCUUUCGUAUUCUUCCUACGUACACACACACACACACACACACAUAGAAAAAUACAUACUACGUGCAAAUAAAUAUCACUCGUUUCGAGAAUUUCAUAAGUUCAUAUAUCCGUAGUAUAUAUUACAACUUCGUCGCAAGCGUCGAAUUUAUUUCAAAUAUCUUCUGAAUCUCCUGGUAAGUUCAGCAAUUUCGAUCGGAAAUGUUGAAUUAAAACGAAAAUGGUGUUGUUCCUUUAAAUUGGCCUAAUUUUUUUUCGCGCAAUGAAGCUUUGUAAUAUUCUUGCAAAGAGAGUAAAUUCUUUUUUUAAGUACGUGAUAAUGAGCUGUUCUAAGAUUUGCAAUGAGCAUAUUUUGAGGCCGUUGUCACGAAAAUAUUCUUUGUUUAAGACAACCAUUACUUAAAAGAAUGAAAGUAAUCGCUUUUCUUAACAGUAGAAUGAUACUUUUCUGUGUGUAGAAUUGACUUAUUAAAUUAAACGUUACAAUAUGCGGAUAGGAGAGAAAAUGACGAUGACCUUGAGAUAACGUCAAAAUGACGAGAAAGUGAUCGAGAAAAGCGAAUCAUUUUCUUGUUAUUGUGAUUUUUUGUUCUACCUGGGUAUUCCAUAUCUUCCUUUGGGUAAAUACUUAUCCUAUUUAAAUCAUCGCUAUCUCUAAACGAUCGAUUGUACGAUAAAUUCGAAGAUUACAUAAAAUUAUGACCCAUAAAUAAUCAUCAGUUUCUAUCAGUUCGGAGAUGACGGCACGCGGAUCAGUUCAACGCGAUAUCCGAGGCGCACAAUUCGCGGAUCAGCAGGAGGAUCUAAUAUUUGUUAAGAAAUUUGCGUGGCCGCAAAAUAUCGAAAAAGAGAGAGAGAGAGAGAAAGAAAGUAUGUAUGAGAGAAAGAGUGAGAGAGAGAAAGAGAAAGAGAAAGAGAUUCGUGUCCGUAAUCGGAUCUCGUAAUUGUUGCGCGCACGCGAACACGAGCGUGGCGAGAUGGAAUCCAAAAAACUACAGACAAGACCAAUAAUUUACUACGUAAUUUGUGUAGCUCGAUACACAGAACGCAGAAAUAAAUUUCAUGAAAACCA